GCAGAAGAGCGUGAAAAGCCCACAGGGACAGCAUGUGAGAGCAGAAAUCGUACUACUUGAUCAGCUAUGGAUCAAGAGAAGCUGGCUUUGACAUCUUCAUCCUCAUCAGCGGCAGAUAUACACAAAGACUCGUCAGUGACAAGCGAACUCGACCCCAGAAAAUCAUCAGAAACAUCCUGGUCACCGUCUGUGGAGCAGCAUGUGGCUGACAGCAUGAGCAUCACCUCGCGAUCAGAGAAGCUUGCUGCUGCUUAACAAGAACACGGAGCUCCGCAGAGUUAACAAGGAGCUGAUGAAACUGAAUGAGGAGUUGGGAUCAGAUGUAUCGCAUACCACCCUGGGGUUGCAGCACCGGUGGAAGGUUUGGAGAUGGAAAAUGCCUCCCUCAAAGAGCUCAACGGCAAACUACUGCUUUAAAGUGGACAACCUGCAGAGUGCAAAGGACUAUUACGAGCAGUCACUCAUGCUGGAGCUGAAGAAGAAUCAAGAACUUCAAGAAUAUGUGCGGUUACUGGAGCAACGGAGGCAACAGCCACCCAUCCAAAAAGACAGGGUCCGGGUCACGGCGCCCAACUUCUCAUCCUCCAGCUUCCCCGUAUCCUCUCCCAGUCUGGAUGUGAAGCAGAAGGCCAACCACCGGAACUGCGACUCCCAUCAAGAGGUGCUGGAUCUAAAAGAGCAACUCGAAGCACUGAGGUGUCAGACCGAGAUCUAUGAGGCAGAAUAUCAGACUGAGCACAGCAACCACAAACACACACUGCAGGACAACCAAAGGCUGAGGAGGAAGAGGCAGGAGAUGCGUCAACAGCUAGACCUACUGCAAGAGCAGCUUAAAGUAUACGAGGAUGACUUUCGGAGGGAGCGAUCCGACAAGCAGAUGCUGCAGAGGCUGCUGUUGAAAAAAACAGCACCCAACAAGGACCCAGUGCUGGUGCACCGCUGCAAUAACGAAUUGCAGCCAGAGGGGAGCGACAAAAGACACAGACUCCAGCCAGAAAGCAACACCACCCGCUCUGUCCCCAAGCACACAAAUAGGAGCAAAGGACUGAGGGAAAACAAGAAUCCAAAAUGAUUCAUGAUGUCUCAGAAACCCUCCACAUACUGUAAACAAUUAUGUCAUAGCACAGGAUCAUAGCAACCUUGUUUGGGAAAUUUAUGCACUUUAAUAUUCAAUACUCAAGGGAAAAAUAUAAAUAUGUGUAUAUCAAGAUCGUUAUCAGACUACUGAAGAGCUUGCUGAAGAGCUAAUCAUUUUUUUGAGGAGGGAAACAUCUAAAAAGUAAAGUGCCCCAGAAUCGGACAUCCCUGAUAUGGAUUGAGCGGCAAUAGUCAGAUGUUAUGUCUGUGAAUUCAGGGUGCAGGAAUGUAGUACCUCAUCUUGGCCCUAUCUAUGGCAUUGAAGAGGACCUUUUAAUGGGAGUAAAGAUUUUUACACCCAAUAACAGAUUUACCUUGAUAACCAAAUUUCAUGUUUUGAGACGACGUCCCACUUAAGGAUCAUGUACAUUCUAGUAUUUACAUCAGGGUUGAACAAAAUAGAUUUCAGAAUGAAAUUCAUUAGUUCAUCAAUUGUCAUUGGGAAAAAUUAUGUAAUCUAUGGAGGGUUUUUAAUUAAUGUUGGCCGAAUACAUUCAUGUCUGUUAUGUUUUUUAUCAUGAUUUUAUGUCCACGUUUUUAUGUUAAUGCUAAGGCAAUAUAUUAUGAAUAUUAGUAAGUUUUACAUUAUGAACAAUGAUUAUGCAUGGAAGGAAAAGACUUAGAAUCACUUUGGAUUUAUUAAUCGUUUUUUAUAUGCUCUAACAGCCAGUACUGUUUUUUUCAACCAAAAGUAAAGUCAUUCACCAAAUAAAAAUGCAAAAUAUG